UUUAUUUUGAAGGUUUCCAGCGGAAGUCCUCCUGCUUAUAGGUCCCAUAGAGUCCUAUCUACCGUUAACUGUGUAGUCAGUCCCUCAGUGACAGAUCAGAGUAUCAGGGUUAGUGAGGAUCCUCCGGCCUCUGUUAGCUCCUUCAUGACUCACUGAGGACACCACAGCUGUCAGAUCCAACAUGAGGCUGCUGCCGGUGGUUGUUACACUGUUACUGACGGUAGCUGUGGCUUAUUAUGUUUACACCCCGCUGCCUGAUGCCAUCCAGGAGCCGUGGAAGCUGAUGAUGCUGGAUGCUGCGUUCAGGACCACCAUGCACCUGAGCCGUUUGCAGGCUUGGCUGGGCUCUGACCAUUACAUCAUAUCAGUGAGGCAGUCCACAGAAGGUUUCGAUGGCCUGAUGGCUGGGCUGCGUGGUUCUGAGUCCAGCGGAGGGGUCAUGCUCGGAGUGAAAGUCAGUGACAUGACUUUCGCUGGUGUCCCAGUCCGAGUGUACGAGCCCCCGGCUGGGGGGGAGGGUCAUCUGAGGAGAGGGUUGUUGUUUUUCCACGGAGGAGGCUGGGCGCUUGGUAGUGGCAAGAAGGGGGCAUAUGAUAGCCUCAACCGGAUGUUGUCCGACGAGCUCAACACCGUUGUGGUCUCCGUUGAGUAUCGUCUAUAUCCAGAGGUGCAUUUUCCAGAGCCAUAUUUAGACUGCCUUGCUGCCGCCAAGCACUUCUUAUCCCCAAAGGUUCAGGCCAAGUAUGCAAUCGACCCCGAACGUGUGGCUGUGGCAGGUGACAGUGCUGGGGGAAACCUGGCUGCUGCGGUCGCUCAAGAGAUUUCCUUAGAUGACACUAUGAGUGGGAAAUUCAGUGUCCAGGCGUUGAUCUACCCAGUGCUCCAGACUCUGGACUUCAACACACCCUCCUACCUGCAGAACCAACAUGUGCCCAUCCUCUACCGGUCCGUCAUGGUCAACUUCUGGCUGCAGUACCUCGGCGCUGACCUCUCUCUGCAGUCCCAGUGGCUGGCAAACAAUCACAGCUCAAACAUCACCCCAGAGCUGAGGGCGCGGGUGGACUGGACCGCCCUCCUGCUCCCGAAACACAAGAAGAACUACAAGCCUCUGAUAGUGGAGAAAAGUUCACAGGGGGCAGUGAAGGAGGUGCCGGGGAUGCUGGAUGUGAGGGCGGCGCCGCUGUUGGCAGGACCUGAGGUUUUGGCGAAAUGCCCCCGAGCUUACAUCCUAACAUGCGAGUAUGACGUGUUGAGGGAUGAUGGCCUGAUGUAUGCGCGGCGGUUACAGGACGCAGGUGUCACAAUUACCGUUGACCACUAUGAGGAAGGCUUCCACGGAUGUUUAAGCUUUGUAAAAUGGCCUUUUGAAUUUGAUGUAGGGAAGAGAGCACUUAGAGGUUACCUCAACUGGCUGCAGAACAACUUGUAAGAGUGUGUAUGUGUGUGUGCAAGUGUGUGACGUUGUCUUUAUAGAUGCAUGCAUGUGUGUGUGUGUGUGUGUGUGUCUCAGUGAUACAAAUGCAGUGAUCAUUGCUUCAUGAAUCACAGACUUGCCAAGGGCUGAUACAUCUGCUCUUUGUUUAAAAAUCAAAGCUCAGGGGCCUCAUGUACCUGCGUAACAUUUAAGGUCUAUUAACACUGUAACAUGCUGGUAGUGGAGAGGGCAAAUAUGUGAACAUUACCAACACUGUCACCAGCUAAUAAAAAUGCCUAAUAGAUACACAGCCAUAAGCUUUCUACUAAUGGUUAAACUAAUCAGCUGCUUUCACUGAGAGGAACCACAUCAGAACACUGAUUCUCAUCCAUACCACAAACACAUGAGCAGUGUAUUUCACAAGGCUUGUAAUUGGUUUUAUACUUAACUUUUAUUUAAAAGUAUAAUAAAUUAAAACCCCCGAUCAGAAGGUCAUGUCAGCAGUGGUUUAAACUGUCUGUAGCACUUUCUUUUCCUCAAAAAAACAGUAAUUAUGUUACUUGGUAAGUUACCUUUUGUCCAGACUAAAAUAUCUCCACAACUAUAGGACCGAUUCGCAAUAAAAUUUUAGUUAUGUUGCCUUUAGUGACCCCCUGACCUUCUCUGUGGGGUCACCACAAAGUUGUGGUUUUAAAUGAAAUGUAUUUCCAGUUAAGGGGUGGACCGUCAUUUUGGUAAUACCUUAAGACAGCGGUUCCCAACUUAUUUAGCCAUGGGGUCCAGAUUUCUUCUCAGUCAUUGGUUCAAAGUCCACACAACAUAAUCCAUUCAGUGUCAUACUUGUGUUUGGCCAUGUCGUUAAGCUAGUUUGCUGUCUCUAUCAAGUAGCUGUCCGUUAAUCAGUUACUCUGCAGCAGGACACAACAAUUCACUGUACUUAAAAAUAAAUUGCGUUUUGCGUGUGAACCUACGACCCACUUUUGGACCAUGACCCACCAGUUGGGAACCACUGCCUUAAAGGGACAGUUCUCACCCAAAUAAGAAAUUCAUUUUUCUUGUUAUCUGUAGUGCUGUUUAUCAGUCUAGAUUGUUUUGGUGUGAGAUGCAGAGUGUUGGCGAUAUCGGCCCUAGAGAUGCCUGCCUAUGUAAUGGAACUAGAUGGUGCUCAAAGCGCAAAAAAAAAAAAAAAAAAAAAAAACAUUUGAAAAACUCAACAGCAAUGUCUCUUUCCAGAAAUCAUGACCCGGUUACACAAGAUAAUCCACAGAACUUGUUGUGAGCAGUUUCAUGUAGGAACUAUUCUCACCAAACUAGGCCCACUAUCACUGUGCAGAAGGAAGGGUGCAUCUACUGCUAGCUCACCUAGUGCUGAAUUAGCUAAUGUUACAGCUCAGCCGAGGAGGACGCCAUCAAUGUUUACAUCAUAUUUUGGGGUGAACUGUCCCUUUAACUUUUCAUGCACAGUCUGUUACAGUCUGGUUAAAAUUAUAACUUGUCCAAAACUUGGUUUCAGUCCAAAUACCUGCAAAAGUAAUGACAUUCCCAUGAGCCUCAGCUGUAGUUUUUAUGUUUAGUUGUAAUUCUUAAAUGUUAGCAUGCUAACACGCUAAACCAAGAUGGGGAUCAUCUGCUUAGCAUCAGCACUUCCGUAUUGUCACUGUGGGAAUGUUAGCAUGCUGAUGUUAGCGCUUAGCUCAGUGCAGCCUCACACAACCACUUGCAUAGAUAUUGACCUUUGUUGUGGUACGAAAGGACAAAGUUCACAUCAAUGGGACAGAUAUUUGUAAAUUAUGUUUUUUAAAUGGGGAUCUCAUGGCAUGUCUUGUGGGCUUUUGUGUGUUUGCCCCGCCAUCUUGUGCUCCCUGCACUACAAGAAGGCGAUGUCUUCCUCGACAGACGAUGCUUGACAAUCAUUAAAAAAAAUGCACUGUUUAGUUGAAUUUCGUUCCGUUUAUUAUUGACGUGGUGGACAUUCUGCGUGUUCCGAUAUGCCCUUGGUUUGCUAUGGAUUUAAUGUUUUGUGAUUUAGAUGUCUGAUACUUGUGGAACAUGAAUAAAUCGCUGAAGUUACACGUUCACUUUACAGGAACAAUCCAAAGAUGUGCAGCAUUUGCUUCUACAAUGCAUGUAUUUCAAUUGAAGGGCUUUAAACUGUCAUUUUUAAACCUAAUCACUUUUUUUUACAUUCCAUGGACACAAGUCUCCUCCCCCUGUGUCUCCACUCUGCCCACUGUUGUGAUUUAUAAAAUAACUAAUGAAAGACAUCAAUAAAAACUGUGAAGUCAUA